CCGCCCCCUUCUCUCCCCUCCCCCUCCAGCCCGCACCUGGUACCUCGGCUGGUCCUGCGGCUCUGCGCGAGGUGGUGAGCGCUGGGCCCCGAGGGAACGCGCGGACACCUUCCUGGUCUUCCCCCGCCCUUGCGGUGCCCUCGCGGGUCGCGGAGGUGGAGCUUGAGCUACGACCCGGGCCGCGGAGACGGGGUACUCGGAGCGCGGGAGGAGUGGGCCGGGACCAGCCGAGCGGCGGGGAGGGCCUCAGAGAUUGGGCGGUCACCAUGGCAAUGCGGGAGCUGGUGGAGGCGGAAUGCGGGGGUGCCAACCCGCUUAUGAAGCUGGCAGGGCACUUCACCCAGGACAAGGCCCUUCGGCAGGAGGGGUUAAGGCCUGGCCCCUGGCCCCCCGGAGCCCCAGCCUCCGAGGCGGUCUCUAAGCCUUUGGGGGUAGCCUCUGAAGAUGAGUUGGUGGCCGAAUUCCUCCAGGACCAGAAUGCACCACUUGUAUCCCGUGCCCCUCAGACCUUCAAGAUGGAUGACCUCCUGGCAGAGAUGCAGGAGAUUGAGCAGUCAAACUUCCGCCAGGCACCCCAGAGAGCCCCUGGUGUGGCGGACUUGGCCUUGUCUGAGAACUGGGCCCAGGAGUUUCUUGCAGCUGGAGAUGCUGUGGAUGUAACUCAGGAUUAUAAUGAGACUGACUGGUCCCAAGAAUUCAUCUCUGAAGUUACAGACCCCUUGUCUGUGUCCCCUGCCCGCUGGGCUGAGGAGUAUCUGGAGCAGUCAGAGGAAAAGCUAUGGCUGGGAGACGCCGAGGGAACAGCUGCCGCUGACCGCUGGUAUGAUGAGUAUCGUCCUGAGGAGGACCUGCAGCAGGCAGCCAGUGACUUUGUGGCCAAGGUGGAUGACCCCAAACUGGCCAACUCUGAGUUCCUGAAAUUCGUGCGGCAGAUUGGCGAGGGGCAGGUGUCCCUGGAGUCCGGCGCAGGGUCGGGCCGAGCUCAGGCAGAGCAGUGGGCAGCAGAGUUUAUUCAGCAGCAGGGUACAUCAGAUGCCUGGGUUGACCAGUUCACAAGACCAGUAAACACGUCUGCUCUUGACAUGGAGUUUGAACGAGCCAAGUCAGCUAUAGAGUCUGAUGUCGAUUUCUGGGACAAGUUGCAGGCAGAGUUGGAGGAGAUGGCCAAACGGGAUGCUGAGGCCCACCCCUGGCUUUCUGACUAUGACGACCUCACGUCUGCUUCCUAUGAUAAGGGGUACCACUUUGAGGAGGAGAACCCCCUGCGUGACCACCCCCAGGCUUUUGAGGAAGGGCUGCGGCGACUUCGGGAGGGGGACCUGCCGAAUGCUGUGCUGCUCUUCGAGGCAGCUGUGCAGCAGGACCCUAAGCACAUGGAAGCUUGGCAGUAUCUGGGGACCACCCAGGCGGAGAAUGAGCAAGAACUCUUAGCCAUCAGCGCGCUGCGGAAGUGCCUGGAGCUAAAGCCUGAUAACCGGACGGCACUGAUGGCGCUAGCUGUGAGCUUCACCAACGAGUCCCUGCAGCGACAGGCCUGUGAGACCCUGCGAGACUGGCUGCGCUACACACCGGCCUAUGCCCACCUGGUGGUGCCUGCAGAGGAAGGGGCCGGCGGGGCAGGGCUGGGCCACAGCAAGCGCAUCCUGGGGUCUCUGUUGUCUGACUCCCUGUUUCUCGAAGUGAAGGAGCUCUUUCUGGCAGCUGUGCGCCUGGACCCUACAUCCAUUGACCCUGAUGUGCAGUGUGGCUUGGGGGUCCUCUUCAACCUGAGUGGGGAGUAUGACAAGGCAGUGGACUGUUUCACAGCCGCCCUCAGCGUUCGUCCCAAUGACUACUUGCUGUGGAAUACUGGGGCCACCCUGGCCAACGGAAACCAGAGUGAAGAAGCAGUAGCUGCGUACCGUCGGGCCCUCGAGCUCCAGCCUGGCUACAUACGGUCCCGCUACAAUCUGGGCAUCAGCUGCAUCAACCUCGGGGCCCACCGGGAGGCUGUGGAACACUUUUUGGAAGCUUUGAACAUGCAGAGGAAAAGCCGGGGCCCUCGGGGCGAAGGGGGUGCCAUGUCAGAGAACAUCUGGAGCACCCUGCGUCUGGCCCUGUCUAUGUUAGGCCAGAGCGACGCCUAUGGGGCGGCUGAUGCCCGGGAUCUGUCCACCCUCCUAGCUAUGUUCGGCCUCCCCCAGUGACAGUGGGAUGGGCUGCCCUGUGAGUGUCUGCCCGGAGGGGUCCCCGCUCUGGAUGUGAUUCCCUCUCCCCAAAUGGGCCUGCCAAGGGGGUGGGCUGAUGACCACAAGCGGUACAGCCUCUCAGGAGCUGCCUCACUGUAGGGUGGGUAGUCUGUGUUCUUGCUCCUACAUGAUUGUGGGAGAAAGCGCUGUGUUGUCUUGGAGUCCCUUGGUGAUUCAAGGGCUGAACCAUCCAGCUCCAGAUCUCUCUGCUCAUCAUGCCCUUUCUUGGUGCUGCUUUCUGGGUGGGACCCGAAGAUAGAGGGUAACUGUUGUCAUCAGCUGCCACUUCUGGUCGGGUCUGCCGCAUUUGUAACAUCUGUCCUUUCCCCUGCUUUUACUGGGAACUGAGAAUGGUAUGGCCUUCUUGGGUGGUGGUGUGUGGCAGGUUCUCCCGAGCGCCUGUGUGAUGACUGUGUUGAGGGUGGGAUGUGUUAGGAGAGGGCCUGUUUAAGUGUUGACUUGGCUCAGCAGAGUUGAGUUUUUAGGGGUGCUCGGAAUUCUUUCUGUCUUUCUUGGCCUCCCCUGGCUGUGGCUCGGACUCCCUGGUUGGGCUGUGUGCAUUAAUGCUGGUGUCGUGACCUAGGGGUCCUCGGGAGCUGCUGGGGUCUGUCACUGCAGAGUGUGGGGUGUGGGAUCGAGGAGGACUAUUGUGGGAUGGGCCUCGAGGGGACCAGACAGGUUCAGGUCAAGGGCUGUGGCCUGGAGCCCAUGGUGGGAGGACAGAGCAUGGGGGGCAAGGAGUGUUGUGAGUGCAGUGACCCACUCCGAUUAGACACCUGUGAGGACGGUUUGAGCCAGCUCCUCUGGAAAGUGGGUUCAGGAAAUUGCCAUCCCGCCAAACUCCUAGCAGAGAGGUGACUCAUUGUUACCUUGAGUCUUUGCUGUACUUCUUGGAAUGUUUCUUGGGAAGAGGGUCGAAAAGUCCCCUUCCCCCAUAUCACCUUCACACAGUGCAGGCUCGGGGAGAUGAGGGAGCAGCUUGGAUCCUGCUGGGGAGAUGCCCUAACCCCAAAAAUGACUGAUGUGGCCGAGGAGCCUUUUGCCUUGUUUUCAGUAGCUAAUGACCAGAGAGGUUUUUUUUUUAAACUACCGUGGUCCCAAGGUUCCAUCCUGAAAUUUAUUUUUCUUUGUAUGAAUGUGUAAAUGAUUUAAAAAAUAAAACUGUGAAAUAUUUGUAUGAAGAAUAAAUGGAACUGACAUGGG